AUCCAGCGCCGUGAGCAUCUCCAAGAAGAUCAAGCCGGAGAUUACAGACAUCGACGACCCCGUGCGAGCUUUCUUCUACUCGCAGUGCCCGCCCGAAGAUGAGCGGAAGCCGGAGAUUGCCUUCUUCGGGCAGAGCAACGUCGGAAAGUCUUCAUUGCUCAACUUCCUGUGCCAGCGGAAAAAGCUGACCACGAUCUCCAAGCGGCCGGGUCACACAAAGCUGAUCCACCACUUUCUCUGCGAGCGUUCCUUCUACCUCGUGGACAUGCCCGGUAUCGGGUAUGCCGAAG